GCGAGGAAGCAACAUGGACGCUCCCAAUCUACGAGUGAUUAUAAUAUGUCUCCGGUGGCGCACACUCACGGAUCAGAUUAGAUGGUCACACCAAAUCCCGAUGCCUUUCCGCUCGUAAUUGUCCCACAGCAGGUGGUUUGGAUUAUUGACUAGAGCCUUGCGUCCGUGUCUGAAAUUGUCGCAGGACCCGUGCGCAAUUGCGGUUUUCGCUGUCCUUGUGGUCUGCGAUAUCAUUUUUUCUCCAGUGUUUCCAGCAUGCGGUUCACGGUGUCAACGCUGCUGCUUCUGGCCAGCUCGUGUCUGGCUAAAACCGUCACCUAUGAUUGGAAUGUCACCUGGGUCACCGCAAAUCCAGAUGGCCUUGCCGAGCGCAAGGUCGUUGGCAUCAAUGGUCAGUGGCCGCUGCCGAUGGUCGAGGUCGAUAGGGGCGAUCGUCUAGUCGUCAACAUGUACAACGGCCUGGGAGACAAAAACACAUCCAUCCAUUGGCACGGCAUGUAUCAGAAUGGCACCAACUACAUGGACGGAGCCUCCAUGGUCACUCAAUGUCCUGUCCCGCCGGGUGCCAGCAUCACCUACAACUUCACCGUCGACCAGAAUGGCACGUAUUGGUACCACUGCCAUACGGACUCCUGCUAUCCAGAUGGCUACCGGCAAGCGCUGAUUGUCCGUGACCAGGAUUCCUUCUUCCAUGAUGACUAUGAAGAGGAGUUCGUUAUCACCUUGUCCGACUGGUACCACCAUAUGACAGAGGGUCUCAAAGAAAAAUACUUGGCGCUAUACAAUCCCACGGGUGCGGAGCCCAUCCCGGAUUCCUUCCUCUUCAAUGAUACGUUGAAUACAAGCCUUCCUGUGAAGCCUAACACGACCUAUCUGCUACGGUUGAUCAAUACCGGGGCCUUUGUCGCCCAGUACUUCUACAUAGAAGGCCACAACUUCAAGAUAGUCGAGAUCGACGGUGUCUAUACGGAACCUACCGAGGCAGACACCCUCUAUAUCGCUAUUGCACAGCGCUAUUCGAUCCUGCUCACCACCAAGAACGAAACUGACACGAACUACGCCAUUGUCACGGUGGCAGAUUCGAACCUGCUCGAUACUAUCCCAGAGACGCUACAGCUCAACAACACCAACUGGCUGGAAUAUAACAAAGAUGCGCCCCAUGACCGGGCGGUAGUCCCUGUUGCCCUGUCUCAAGAUCUCAACCCAUUCGAUGAUAUCACUCUGGUCCCUUAUGACCACAUGCCCUUGCUCCCAGAGCCGGACGUCGAAGUCAACUUGACCGUCAUCAUGAACAACCUUAAUAAUGGGUUCAAUUAUGCCUUCUUCAACAACAUCACCUAUACUACACCUAAAGUACCUUCGCUGUUCACAGCGCUGUCGUCGGGCGAUCUCACGACGAAUCCGACGGUCUAUGGCACAAACACAAACCCCUUUGUUUUUGAGCAUAACGACGUUGUCCAGGUCAUCGUCAACAACGGUGAUACGGGAUCACAUCCAUUCCACCUCCACGGCCACAAUUUCCAGGUGAUCACCCGUGCUCCUGGAUACGGUCCCGACUUCAACAGCUAUCUCGACGGCGAUCCAGUCCCAUAUGACCCCAGCAAUCACACAGCCUUUCCCAAGACGCCUGCACGCCGGGACACCUUUGUCCUGCCGCCGCAAGGUUACAUAGUCUUGCGAUUUGUCGCUGACAAUCCAGGUGUCUGGUUCUUUCAUUGCCACAUUGAUUGGCACUUGUCUGCAGGUCUGGCCUCGAUCUUUAUCGAGGCUCCCACCCAGAUGCAGGAACGUCUGACGAUUCCUGCGGACCACCUGGAGGUAUGCAGACUUAGCGGUGUCUCCUCAGAGGGCAAUGCUGCUGCCAACACGGAAGAUCUGCUGGACCUCAGCGGCCAAAACGUGCAGCCGGGUUGGCUGCCUGCUGGUUUCACGGCCCGUGGUAUUGUUGCCCUUGUCUUCUCAUGUAUCAGUGCCGUCAUGGGUAUGAUUGCCAUCUUUGUCUACGGAAUGAGUGAUAUCAAGUUCAAGAACCAGUACGGUAGCACCGAGGCGGACAUCAGCCAGCCUGGAGAGGAAACCCCUACUUCUGUGACGGCUACUGGGGCUGAGGCAGAACCGAAGACGAUCGUGGAGCAGCCUAGUAAGACGUCAUGAGUUGUCGUUUUGUUCCUACGAAGGAUAUACUAUUUUCACGUUAUUUAUGAGAGAAAAGAAAAAACAAUAUACAUGUAUUGAUUCUAUUACAGCACACAUGGCAUGACUGGGUUAUGGCUCCCUCUGAGGGAGAAAUGAACUUUCGGUAUCCACCCCAUUCUAUAUAGAUAUGAGCGUUAUUUAUUCGUCGUUUAGUAUGAAUACCACUAUUCAAGAUACUCCAGCUGUUUGCAGAUUCAGAUAAUACUUCUACUAGCAAUUACACCAGGCGUGUUAUGAAUAUAUAAGAUACACAAG